GAGUUGCUGUAGAAUUACAUCUUGUAGCAAUUCGAAUUUUUUCAAUUUGUAUUACUAUAGCAUCAGCAUUAAAAAUAUAUAAACAAAACAUCGUUAUUCCACUUAAAAAUAAUAAACAAAUAAGUCUUAAUAAGAAUAAUGAAAAGGAAUUCGAUAUAUUAUCAGAAGAUGAUAUGGAUAUUAGUAUAAGUGAUGUAGAAGAGCAAAGUCAAAUAAAUAUUGAUCAAUCAGAAGUG